UUUUUCCUCAUCAAGACCUCAACGCACACUCAAAAAUGUGGGGAGCUGCUGUGUCCAUUUGUGUGCUGUGCCUGCUGUCUGUAUGCACAGCCUGCUACAUCUCCAACUGCCCCAUUGGGGGCAAGAGGUCCCUCGAGGAUUAUCCCUCACGCAAGUGCAUGGCGUGUGGCCCGGGGGACAGGGGCCGCUGCUUUGGCCCCAGUAUCUGCUGCGGAGAGGAGCUGGGCUGCUACGUGGGCUCUCCGGAGACUACGCACUGCGUGGAGGAGAACUACUUACCGUCCCCCUGCGAGGCCGGAGGAAAAGCCUGCGGGUCCGAGGGGGGCCGCUGUGCCGCGCCGGGGGUUUGCUGUGACACAGAGGGCUGCAACAUUGACCAAUCCUGCCUACCUGGGGAUGAUGACGAUGAUCAGGUUGGCCAAUCAGAGGGCGGCAGCCCUGCUCUGGGAGCCGAAUUCCUGAUGAGGCUUUUGCACCUGGCUGGUCACUCCCCUCCCCAUCGGCUCCACCAAUGAGGUUUCCCGAAAGGUGGGCUCAGGGGGAGGAGCUCAGCUUUAAGGGAGGGGUCAAGAGGACCAUAAAAUGAGCCUUUUCACUCACUGAAUGACCUGAAUUCAUCCCUUGAUAACGCCUGUACUGCAUAUUGAUGUAAAUCUAUGUAUAAAACAUUUUAACAACAAUGACAUUGUAUUGUAAAGUAAGGAGGGUGGGG